GUCUCCUUGUUAUUGACAAAUAAAGAAAAUCGGCAACAUCACAACUGCUACUAUUCUUCUCUUUCUAGCACAACCGCAACCACACAACACAGCAUUAAUACAUCGGAUAUACGUCAAGCAAUAGGUAAAAGAAGUUGAACAACCCACAACAACCGGAACUCACGGAGUAUAUAUAAAUAUAUAUCAACAAAUACUAUGGCUCGUAUAUUAAGAUUAACAAUGUUACCCCUACGUCCAAUCAAGUUAUUUCAGAGCUACUUCCUUCUGGAAAAGGCUCCAACUACAACUUUACCAGAUUUAAACACAGAUACCAGCAUCAAUACUUCCAUCCGCAAACUUCAGCAUCACCAAUGGUCGAAGGGGGAAAUACUCCAUUAUGGGUUCUUGACUUCAGUUUUCUCAUUUGUAUUUAUAAUAUUACCAGUAUCAUUUUUAGUUAAAUUCCCAAUUGCUAUUACAUUCAUUCUUUGUUUAUUGGUUCCUGCUACGUCCCAGUUUUUCCUUCAUGCAUUACCGGUGUUUGCAUGGUUGGCCUUGUAUUUCACUUGUUCCAAGAUUCCAAACACCUGGAAACCUGCUAUUUCCGUCCAAGUGUUACCGGCCAUGGAAACCAUCUUAUAUGGUGAUGAUUUAUCCAAUGUUUUGGCCACAAUAAACACCCGUGUGCUUGAUAUUAUUGCAUGGUUGCCUUAUGGUAUUUUACAUUUCAGUUUACCGUUUGUUGUUGCGGGCAUUAUCUUUUUAUUUGGCCCUCCAACUUCGUUACGUUCAUUUGCAUUUGCAUUUGGUUACAUGAAUUUAUUUGGGGUUAUUAUUCAAAUCCUUUUCCCCGCCGCAGCUCCCUGGUAUAAAAACAUUUACGGAUUGGAACCUGCCAAUUAUUCCAUGCAUGGAUCUCCCGGAGGAUUAGGCAGAAUCGAUGCUUUGCUUGGAAUUGAUAUGUACACCACUGGGUUUUCCAACUCUCCUGUUAUUUUUGGAGCUUUCCCAUCCUUGCAUUCGGGAUGUUCCAUUAUGGACGUGUUGUUCUUGUGUUGGUUAUUCCCUCGUUUCAAACCACUUUGGAUAUGUUAUGGGUGUUGGCUUUGGUGGAGUACUAUGUAUUUGACCCAUCACUACUUUGUGGAUUUGAUUGGAGGUGCCAUGUUAUCCUUUGUGGUGUUUGAAUUCACCAAGUACAAGUAUUUACCUGUAUGCGACCCCACCAAGUUUUGCAGAUGGUCAUACACGGAACUCAAGCAUAUUAACAUUAAUGAAAUCGAUCCAUUAUCACAAAAUUACAUUUACCAAAAUGAUGAUGAAAGCAGAUUAUACACGAGAAUUUAUCCUGAACAAGAACCAGCUGUGUCUGGCUCAUAUCCAUUGCAACCAAUUAUCCCUACUGGGCCCAUUGUUGUUCCACCAAUCCAGGAACAAGUUCAAGAAUCGUUUGAGAUGGCUACUCUUAGAGGUGUUAAUGAAGACGACGAUGAAGUGUCGUCGAAUGCUUCUAAUAGCCCUUCGGUUUUUGAAAAUGGACCUCUUUAUGUUUCUUCAAAUACAUCAUUAGAUGAGAUGGAAUCGUCUACAUCCAAUGGAACUAGUCUUCCUACUGUUAAGAAAUCAGUCAAGACAAGAUAAUAACUAAUAGAAUGAGAAAUUUGUAUAGUAAAUUCGUUUGAUGAAAGCAAAAGUUUCACCUUAAUACUAACCCAACCCUCAAUAACAUUACCUACCAAUUUUGCUUUAAAGAGAACCUGUCUUAAUAAUUAAUUUUAAUUUAAUUCAUUUAUAGAAAGUUUAAUGUUUGUAAAUU